ACCCGUCUACCUUCCCAACAACUUGCAACUACAAUCCAAGGGACGGAAAUCGAUGAGAAUAUUCUUACAAAAAAAACAGAAAAAUGAAGUGAUAAUGAAGUUGCGGUUGAGUUGGACCAAGUAAAGAUGAAUUCAGGUUCUCCCCAGCUUAAAUGGUUUGGUCAUGGAUCCUCUCUGGGUUCAGAAUACAUGGAGAAAAAAGGUAGCAUACAUGUCGAUCUUCUCUUUGGUAAUAUGGUGGAUGUUGUUGGGAAUGGGAGAUUCAUCUGGCUUACCUGGAUGCCAGGACAAGUGUGGGAAUAGGGACAUUCCCUACCCCUUUGGCAUAGGUGACAAAUGCUCCCUUCCUGGUUUUGCCAUAAGCUGCAAUUCCACCAACAACUAUAUUCCCACCUCAGUUGAUCUCGAUUCUCCAAUUCUCUCCUUUUUCCCUGGACAAAUUCAGCUCAACACUAGUGGAGCUGUAGCCCAUUAUUGUACCGAAAACGAUUCUUCUACUUUUUUCUGGAAUUUAACGGGAACUCCUUUCACCAUUUCUAGCAGCCACAACAAGCUCGUGGCAGUAGGCUGUGAAACUUUGGCCAUGUUUACGGACAACGCUAUCUUUAUGAGUGGGUGUGUGUCUAUGUGUAUGAAUAAUAGCAGCCAAAGAGACAGUGGGUCUUGCACUGGUCGGGGUUGUUGUGAGGUUUCGAUACCGGAGAGGAUGAGUUACAUAGAGAUGGCUGCUCAAAAUGUAAACAGCACAAUCAUUUCGAGCAUCAAUGGAUGUAGUUAUGCAACGGUUGUGGAAGAAGGGAGUUAUAAGUUCUCGGAGACUGAUCUGCAAAACUUCAUGAAUCGAACGGAUCUUAUGUUUAGAUUGGACUGGGUUAUAGGGAAUGAGAGCUGCAACGAUGCUGAGAAAAAUUCAAGCUCUUAUAUGUGCAAGGGGAAUAGUGUCUGUUUUGAUUCACCAAGGGGUAGUGGAUAUUUCUGCAAUUGCUCGAAAGGCUACACGGGGAAUCCUUACCUUGAUGGCCCUGCUGGAUGUCACGACAUAAAUGAGUGCAGUGGGCAGGUAUGUGUAAAAGGGGCUCAUUGCAAGAACUUAGUUCCGGGAUUCAAAUGCUCAUGUCCCUUUGGAAGCACAGGGGACGGUACAAAGGACGGAUCCGGCUGCACUAACUACUCUCGCUUAAUCUGGAUCAUCAUAGGGGUUGGCAUAAGCAUUGGAGUUGUUUUUGCAAGUUCCUUAUUGCUAUAUUGCGUGCUGAAAAAGAGGAAAAUCAUGAAACUAAAAGAGGAGUACUUCCGUACAAAUGGUGGACUCCUCCUAAAACAACAUGUUUCUUCUCAUGAGGGCACAGAGCGAAAGGGAAUUUUCACUUCUGAGGAGUUGAAGAAGGCAACAGAUAACUACGAUGAGUCCAGAGUAUUGGGCAGAGGAGGUUAUGGCACAGUUUAUAAAGGAAUUUUGGCUGAUGAUACUAUUGUUGCCAUCAAGAAAUCGAAAGUGGUCGACAAGAGCCAGAUUGAUCAAUUCAUAAAUGAGGUUGUCAUACUAACCCAGAUCAAUCACAAGAAUGUUGUGAGGCUCUUUGGUUGUUGCCUAGACACCGAGGUCCCUAUUUUAGUGUAUGAGUACAUCUCGAAUGGCACACUUUACCAGCAUAUCCAUGGAACUGAUGCAACGACUCGAAUUUCAUGGGCCAAUCGUCUAAGGAUAGCCAUGGAAAUUGCUGAUGCUUUAGCAUAUCUACACUCUGCUGCUACCACGCCAGUCUUCCAUCGAGAUAUUAAGUCUGCUAAUAUAUUGUUAGAUGACAAUUACACGGCAAAAGUUGCUGACUUUGGAGCCUCAAGGCUGGUGCCUAUGAAUGAAGGUGAGAUAGCCACUGUUGUGCAGGGGACCUUAGGUUAUUUGGACCCUGAAUAUCUUCAAACUAGCCAAUUAACUGAGAAGAGCGAUGUCUAUAGCUUUGGGGUUGUUCUUGUGGAGCUUUUGACAGGGCAAAAACCAGUUUCAUUCCAAAGAUCCAAGGAGUUCUCCACUCUUGCUAUGUACUUCAAGAGUUACACCGAGAACAAGGAUAUAAGGGAGGUCUUGGAUGAGCAUAUACUGAGGGAGGGGAGCAUAGAAGAGCUUGAGGCAAUAGCUCAAGUAGCUAGGAAAUGCCUAAGGAUAAAAGGGGAGAAAAGGCCCACAAUGAAGGAGGUGGCCCAAGAGUUGGAUAACAUUAGGAGGCAUGGCAGGUCACACUCAUGGUCUCAAAAUGAGGAGGAGAUGGAAUGUUUGAUUAAAGUGGAACCAAGCACCCUAAUUUGUGAAGCAGGGCAGUCCAGUUUGCAGAACAACCUGACAAUGUCACUAGAAAUAGGACGGCUUGAAUUUAGUCAGCAAAAAAACCCACUCACCACUAGAGAGAGCAUGUCGAUCAAGCAAAACCCACUCACCACUCGAAAGAGCAUGUCGAUUCCAGCUUUCUUCUCUAUGCUUCUAUGUUUGAUGUUCAUAGCUGUGAAUUCAUCUGCUUUACCUGGUUGCCAAAACAAGUGCGGAAACAUGGAUAUCCCUUACCCUUUUGGAAUAGGAAAAGGAUGCGCCCUUCCAUGGUUUGGUGUAAAUUGCAACACCAAUAAUUUUACGGUGACUUCAAACGAUCUUGGCAAUCUUCAAAUCCUCACCUUCUUACCAGGUGAAAUUAGGAUCAAUUCAAGUCGAUGGAUAGCUUAUGAUUGCAACAAUAGUGCUUCAAUUCCCUUAAGAAUCAAUCUUAUAGGAACUCCUUUCACCAUCUCCAAUAGCCUGAAUAAGUUUGUGGCCAUUGGUUGUGACACUCUGGGCUUGGUUUUAGACAAUAGUUCAUUUGCUAGUGGUUGCAUGUCUAUGUGUUUGAAUCGUGAGAGUGUUAAAAGUGACGGUUCUUGUAGCGGGAUAGGUUGUUGUGAAGUGUCCCUUCCCAAAGGAAUGGAAUAUGCUGCUUUGGCUACUGCUAGCAUCAACAACUAUACAAAUGUUUCCAACUUUGAUAAUUGUAGCUACGCAACUAUUGUGGAAGAAGAGAGCUUUAAGUUCUUUGAGCCUGAUCAACGCAACUUCUUGAAACAAAAGGAUCUUGUGAUAAGAUUCGAUUGGAUUAUAGGGAACGAGAGUUGCACAAUUGCUGAGAAUUCAAGUUCUUACAUGUGCACAGAGAACAGUUAUUGUGUUGAUGCACCUCGAGGUUAUGGGUAUUUAUGCAAUUGCUCAGAAGGGUAUAGAGGGAAUCCAUAUCUCAAUGCCUCUGCUGGAUGCCAAGACAUAAAUGAGUGUGCAGAAUCUGACCCAUGUGUACCAUCAGCACAUUGCAAGAACUUCGUUCCUGGAUACAAAUGUACAUGUCCCUUUGGGAGAUCAGGAGAUGGUACCAAAUUGGGAUCUGGGUGCACAAACCAUGCUCGCAUUAUUCUCAUCAUCUUAGUUGUUUGUGUAGGCACUGGACUUAUUGUAGGCCUCAGUUCAAUGAUAUACUAUGGAUUGAAGAAGAGGAAACUCAUGAAGUUAAAAGAGGAGUAUUUUUAUAAAAAUGGGGGCCUACUUCUAAAACAACAUGUUUCUUCCAUUGAGGGCACCAAGUGCACUACAAUAUUCACUUCUGAGGAGCUAAAGAAGGCUACCAACAACUAUGAAGAGUCCAGAGUUUUAGGUCGGGGAGGCUAUGGCACUGUUUAUAAGGGAACUCUGGUAGAUGGUAGUAUUGUUGCCAUAAAGAAGUCUAAAGUGGUGGAUAAGACCCAAAUUGAUCAGUUCAUAAAUGAGGUGGUAAUACUCACCCAAAUCAACCACAAGAACGUGGUGAAGCUCUUGGGCUGCUGCUUGGAGACAGAAGUGCCCAUCUUGGUUUAUGAAUACAUAUCUAAUGGCACUCUUUUCCAUCACAUCCAUGGAAAUAGCAGCUCCACACUAAGGAUUUCAUGCGCCAAUCGUCUGAGAAUAGCGACAGAGACGGCCGAGGCCUUAGCAUACUUGCACUCCGCAGCUUCUAUACCCAUCUUUCACAGAGACAUCAAGUCAGCCAACAUACUGUUAGAUGAAAAUUACACAGCAAAAGUAGCUGAUUUUGGCGCCUCAAGGUUGGUGGCCAUGAAUGAAACUGAGAUACCAACUGUUGUACAGGGAACCUUGGGGUAUCUAGACCCUCAGUAUCUUCAAACAAGCCAGUUAACUGAGAAGAGUGAUGUGUAUAGCUUUGGGGUUGUUCUUGUGGAGCUUCUAACUAGCCAAAAACCAGUUUCUUUCCAAAGAUCCAAGGAGUACUCAACCCUUGCUGCCUACUUCAAAACCUCCACUGAAAACAAGGACAUAAGGGAGGUGUUAGAUGAAGAUAUAGUGAGGGAGGGGAGAAUGGAGGAGGUAGAGGCAGUAGUCCAACUUGCAUGGAAAUGUUUGAGGGUAAAAGGGGAAAAAAGGCCAACAAUGAAAGAAGUAGCCCAAGAAUUGGGUGCAAUUACAAGGUUUGUUCCCUCUUCACAGGCAUGGUUUCAGAAUGAAGAGGAGAUGGAAUGCUUGCUUGAAAGACCACAAGGCAACCCAUCAGAUGAAUCCGGUCUGAGCAUUCAAAAUAAUCUAAACAUGUCACUGGAAAUAGGUCGGUAGAGAGAGAGAAAG